UGAAUAGCAAGGCAAAGGAAAUGGAGGUCUGCUAGCAUGGUAGCUGAUCCUAACUAACAAUAACUGGAAAAUAGUCAUUUACGUCGAAGUGUUGCUAACUUUGGAUCCUAGUAUGGACGCAAUGGAAAAUAACAAUCCUACUAAUGAUGAUGAUGAUAACUCAGAGGAACAGCAGAGUCUGUCUGAAGGAGCAGAGGCGGGCGUUAGGCCAACUUUGUCCCAGGUUAGAAAGUCCUGGGGAUUCAGACGGACAACCAUUGCCAAGAGGGAGUUCAUGGCGGAAGUCGGAGAGCUAGCCAAUAGUCCUCCACUUGUUCGAAGAGGCAGAAGUCGCAGAACCAACCUAACACUCCAGACUGACACAGAGACCGACACCACACAGAGAGCUCGUCGAAGCACCAGAAGUGUUUUAGAAGACCUCCAGUGGUCUGCCCCAUCCUCACCUGUAUCAGAACCAGUCCCUGAGGAUUCAGCAGUAGUUAGUCUUGAUCCUAGCUUGUGGCAGGAUUUUGGGUCUGCCUUCCACACUGCAUUCUCCCUGCUUGGGGGAGAUGACGCCCCGUCAGUCACUGAUACUGAUCCACUGGGGGUCACUGACAUUUUGGAACCCACUAAUGAAAUUGAGGAAGCCAGUCCACAAGUUAUAGACUUAACUGAGGUUCAUGACAAAGUAGAUGACAUGGAGAUUACUCAGUCAAUGGCUCCUGAAAAUGUAGCAGAAGGGGAGAUCCAUGACAUUGUUAUGAUCUCGAGUCAAGAAGAAGACAGUGAUGAACUGACCCUAUCGCAGAUUAAGGAGCAGCUAAUUUCCAGCGGCAGGGGCAGGGCGACAGGUGGUCGAGGGGGUAAAGGUGGAAGAAGAAAGGUCGGAGGAAAUGGGAGAGGCAGAGGAAAAGGUAGAAGAAAGGGUAAAGGUAGGGGAAGAGGGAGGGGAAAGGCAAUAGAGCUCCAGUCAAUCAUUGCAGAUGGUGAGGACAGUGAUGAUGAGCUGUUGCUUGAAAAUUCAGUAGAGCAGCAACAUUUACAAGAGGAGGAGAAAGAAAACAAUCCACACAGCCCUACUGAGUUCGAGGUAUCAUCUGCCCACUUCAGUGUCACUCACAGUCCUGCUAGGCAAGAGUCAAGUUCAAACUGCAUAUUCUUAGCCAGUGAUUUUAACCAGACUACUGCUGUAAGUCAUGGCCAGUAUGAUGAUGCUCUAGAGGAGGUGGGAGAAGAGGAGGAGAAGAAAGAUGCUGAAAUUACAGAGGAAUAUCCAAAUGUGUCAGACCCAGAACAAUAUGACUCCAGUGUCCUAUGCUGCAUCUGUCACCAAAACCACGAUAAGAGGUUGAUGAUCUCAUGUGACAGUUGCGAGAAGUGGUUCCAUGGUGAUUGCGUUGGUAUCAGUGACACAGAGGACCAGAAGAUGGAGAGGAAAAGGCGGGAGUACACGUGUCCACCCUGCAUUACGAAAAAGGAGAUUAAACCUCAGUCUCAUUCUCAGCCAGAGUCGGAGUUUAGAUUUCCUGAACACUUGGCAGCAAGUCCUGCUGGUGAAGAAUUGUUGGACGGAGAAGAGCAGCUAUCGCUUAAGGAGACCAGAGAGGGAGUAGAGAAGGAAGAGCAGGCUCUAAAGAUGAGACCUGAAACUGACAUGGAGACGGAUAGCUCUCUUCCUGUGUGCAUGGGACCUGGCUGCUCCAAACAGCCGCUACCAGAUUCGGUUUACUGUGGCAGCAACUGCAUCGUUCAGCAUGCUGCUCUCACCAUGCAGACGCUCUCAGACCCUAAGGUACCCAAGUCCAAGGGACUGGCACAGAGAAAACCUGCAACUGCCAGACCCACUGUAAAGGCUGAAAGGCCAAGUCGGGUGUCUAAAAGGUUGGCAGGAAAAACUUCCGAAAAUGCUGAAGAAGGGGAGAUGAAAGAGGAUGUUGGAAAGCAGGAGAUGGCUGCAUCGCCUACAGCCUGUGACCCCAGUCUCACAGAUGUUCAAUCCACUUCCAUAGCAUCAUCUAACUUAGACACAGCGUCUAAUGAAGUCAGUAAGAAGCAAGAAGAUGACCCUGAAACCAUGUCCCUUUCAAAACAAAGUCCAGAAGACUGGUUGAAAGACACCACGCCUGCAACUGAGGACGCCCCACUGGAGAGCCAGUCUGAAGAAAAACCAGGGGAGCCAGAACACAGUGGUGUGGAAUGUGCAGGAUCAGGUCCCUCAACACCGUCCACACCUGCAAAAUUGAAUCAUACUUCUGCAGCACCAUCUCCAACCAACUCAUCUACCAGACAUCAUGGGACUGGCGCCCUAAUAGUAACAAAGACUGCAUAUGUUAUACCAAAGAAACAGUCUGCAUCUCAGUCUCCAUCCGGCCAUGUGGCAGUCUCAGCAUCGUUCCAGAAGCCCCCUCCAGGCCCAACAUUGGUGAACGAAACCCGGAAUCUGCCCGUUUCGCCGGCACCGAGUGCUCCCUCUGCCAGACCCUCUCAGCCCAAUAACCAGGUCAGACAGAGCAUCCAGCGCUCCCUUACAAGCAUCCUGUUCAAGAGGAUAUGUGAAUGUCAGGAUUUGGAGAUAUCCGAGAGUGAAGUUGCAAAGCUUGUCGCUAGCAUUGAGAUGGAGAUGUUCGAUAUAUUUCGCAACACAGAUAGCAAAUACAUGAACAAGUACAGAACAAUAAUGUUUAACCUCAAAGACCCAAGAAACAAGGGCUUGUUGUAUCGGGUAGUGCGUGGAGAAAUUGGUGCCUUCAGACUGGUCAGGAUGACUCAAAAGGACAUGCAAGCUACUAAGGCACCUGAGCCAAUUGUUAAAGAAACAGCACAGGUCAAGGAUGGAGUGGCAAAAGUUACAAGUCUGCAAAAGCCAGAAGCAGUAAAGGUUGAUUUGCUUAGUUUGAAUCCUGCUAAGUCAGACAAAAAACCUGAUACCUUGGAACAAAAGAGAAAUGUUUCUGCUCCUCCUGUGAAGCCCAGAGUUAACCAACUAAUCCAGAACAGUGCUGUGCCGAAUAUUCUUUCCUGCAUGCUUAAAGACACAACAUCCGAACACAAAGCCCAUCUGUUUGACCUGAAAUGCAAGAUAUGCACAGGUCAGAAACUAGCUUCAGAAGGGGAAGAACCUGCCAAGAAAAAAGUCAAGACAUCUAUAUCAAGAGAGAAGCAUGAACCAUUUUGGAAGAAGUCUGCAGCAAACUCCCCUCUGCGAGCACCGCCUGACUCACCUGAUAUGGAUUCUCCAGCAUCUCCACCAACAGGGCCUUCAUCACACCUCAUUAUGGACUCUCCAAAACUGACUAUUGUUGAAUCACCUGCUUCCCCAACAAUGGAUUCUCCAACCUCCCCUACUUUAGAGUCUCCUGCUUCCCCUAUCAUGGAGUCUCCUGCAUCACCAACUCCAGAAACUCCUGAAGCAACCCAACCAAAGAGAACAUAUACACCUGUGGCUGUUCUGACUGUCCCCACUGUAACUAUCUCGAGACGUGAUCCUCGCACAGCAGCAAAUAGGUUCACUGCUUCUCCUGCUAAUCCUAAUACCACAGUCCAUAACCAAACACCCCCUUAUGCCCCUCUUAAAGAGACCAUUGCCUCCCGCUCUGCACCGCAAUCCUCACCAAAACCCCCCCUAAAAGUACCCAAAUCUAUCUUAAUGAAGCCAUCCUCCACUGCCGAUCCCAGACUAUAUGGGGCUUCCUCAAGAAACAUGGCCCCUCGAUCCUCAGCUGAUGGUGAUACUGUACAGUUUCUUGCUAAGCAAGACUUUUUAUGGAAAGGCUUUCUGAAUAUGCUCACUGUUGCUAAGUUUUGUACUAGGGGAUAUCUGGUUUCUGGAUCUGCUGAAAACCUUAAAGCGGAUCUACCUGAUACCAUACAAAUCGGUGGACGAAUCUUACCUGAAACAGUCUGGGACUACGUUGAAAAAUUAAAAACCUCUGUUACAAAGGAGUUAUGUGUGAUUCGGUUUCACCCUGCAACAGAAGAGGAAGAGGUAGCCUAUGUCUCCCUGUUUUCCUAUUUUAGUAGCAGAGGACGUUUUGGCGUGGUUUCCAACAUCGGCCGUUCCAUCAAGGAUGUAUACCUUGUCCCACUCAGUGCAAAUGAAUCAAUCCCAUCCAUACUCCAGCCCCUUGAAGGACCAGGACUAGAAAAAAAAAGGCCCAAUCUUCUUCUGGGUCUAGCUAUUGUUCAGAAGGGAAAACGUCCAGGAAGCUUGUCUCAGGAAACUGAAGAGAAGAAACCCAAGGUUAACGUGUCCAAAGACCCUAUGUGGAUUCCAAAACCCCCAGUUCUCUAUGGUUCUGACAAACUAGAGAUAUUCCAACCCUAUGAUCCAGAAACCCCUGCUAAUACCACACCUCCUGGAUCACCAUCAGGCUCUUCUUCUUCUGGGUCAGUACCAUCUCUUUCAACCUCUGUUAGAGUACCUCCUCCUAUUGUAUCUGUUUCUGCUACAGAGACUAAAUCUAAAUGUAACUCUGACAAGAGUCCCACACUGACAACCAAUGAAAAGUCACCACUACAGACUAUUUUGAAAACUUUGUUUUUCAGUAAGCAGUCUGAUGCCAUGGUCUCCUCUGAUGGACGUGCUACAAAAACAGCAAGUACCAAGAAGAUCCCAGUGCUUUCUAAAGUGUCUGGACCAAUGGUGGAUCCAAUUGUCCAACAGUAUGGACAGAAAUCUAAAGUCAAAGAGAUAGAAGAAGAGGAGAAUGACUUUGACAGACCAUAUGACCCAGAGGAGGAAUAUGACCCUGCAGUGGGAUAUAAUGCUGUUACUUCACAGACCAAAGAAAAACAGAAGAUGGAUUGUUCUACAUUACCAAACAUUGUGGAAGAUGAUGUGGCUUAUGAUCCAGAGGAUGAAACCAUCUUUGAAGAUAUUCAAAGUGAUACUCCUGUAACUAAGCCCCCCGUUCCAACUCUGUUGGAUUCUGCAUCAUGCUCAACACCAGUUUCAACUUCUACGACCCCGCAGAGCAGCAGUGGAGUAGUUACGGUACUGCCAAAACUUCCAACAGGCAGUGUGGUGGUUUCAGCAGCGACACUGAGUGAACAACAGAGGAUGCUUGAGGAACUCAACAAGCAAAUUGAAGAGCAAAAACAGCAGUUGAAAGAGCAGGAAGAGGCACUGCGACAGCAAAGAGAAGCUGUGGGUAUGUUCAUGGCUCACUUUUCUGUUUCAGAUUCCCUAAUGUCUCCCCCAACAAAAGCAUCACCGUAUAGCCAACUGCCACCUGGGAAGUGUGGUAUAAAGCAAACACAGAAAACACCUUCAAAUAAAACAGACAAGGUGAGCAUUCUUACAGAGACAAAGGAUAAUUCAGAUGGGGAUUCAGAAACGUUUAAGCCGGAAGACCCAACUGCUGGCGAUAACUUAAGAAAUGACAGUAAUACUACUGUUGAAGAGCAAGAUCAAACACAGAAAAACAUUGAGGAAUGUGACAAAUAUUCUUCUGCUGGAGAAAUCGAGGACUCUGAUGUAGCUUAUGAUCCUGAGGAUGAAUCACUUUUUGAUGAAAUCCAGGAGGAUGUAUUUAAAGUAGGAAGUACAAAGACGAGUGAUUCUUCUUUUAGAGCAGGGGAUAGUGCUUGUCAUAAGAGCGUGUCUCCAAAUUCAUACCACAGCAGAAAGAGAAAGUCAUCACCAAAAAGGCGGAGUCGUCAUGAAAGAAGAAGUCCAUCAAGAAGAUCAGGACAUCGUUCUCGUUCACAUUCCAGAAGACAUAGAGACAGGGAUAGACACAGAAGAAGUGAAAGGGACAGGUCAAGGCAUAGAGUGAGAGACACAUCUGAACACCAUCAUAAAGACCAAACUACACGCCAACAUUCUCGUGGGCGAAAACGAUCUCCAUCAUCCUCUAGAAAAAAACAUUCAGAAUCCCUUUCACCAAAACGACACAGAGGUCCUUUGCCACAGGUCACUGAGAAGACACAACAAGCAAGUGCUCCAUCCAGUCCUCCUGACUCUGUUGUAGGAAAAAUUGUAGACAGUAAAACAUCAUUGUUUUCUCCAGUAGCUAUCAAAAAUGAUCCAGAUGGAGAAAAGUUGGAGGUUAAUCACGCUCAGAGCUCUGAUCAACACUCCCUCAAAGUUAUUGCUAACGUGAAAACUGAGAUUUUAGAACCACCAGAAUUGCAAGACCUUGAAAGAAAAUCUGACAGUGAUCGCAAUGACAGUAAUUCCUCGAAACAGGUUGAUAAACCCUCACACCAGGAUACAUUUUUUCAUGACAAAUGUGAAAAUCCAAUUCCUCUUCGGGAAAUUGAUCCACCACUUCGAGAUUCUCCUGAGAGCCCAGACCCAGAGCCACAAUUUUUAAAAGCGUCCAACAUAGAAAAGGUUGAUGACGCUACGAUUGAGGGAGACAAAGAUCCAGAAGAGCAUAUCAAUGUCCCCGUUCUAAAAGUUGGAUGUGAAGAUGAUUGCCCACCACAACAAGCAACAAUGUUGUGCAGAGCUGCUGGUGUACAAAGCCCAGUGACCAGAGUUCAAGGUGUGAUGGAAAGACCUAAUCAAAUGGUGGCAGAAAGCCCUAUGUUAAAGCAUUCAAAAAUGAUGUUUCCACUGGGAGAACAUUCAAGUGUAGAUAUUCCAGGCAUUGGACCUGAAAUAAAUCCAGUUUUAAAGCAUUCAGGACCUAACUCAGGUCUCACAGAUAUAAUAAGAGGACCAAGCAAACAAAACGAGAGGGAAAGUCCAUUGUCAGAUAAAGCAGGGCCUGAUAUUGCAACUGCAGGGUCAUGCCAUCAUUUAUCAGAUGAAAGACAUAUAAAGACAGAUACAGGGGGACAUGUUAAAGACGGCAGAGAUGUUAGUUGUCUGCAGAAGGGUUUAUCUCAUUUAAAAACAGAAGACUUUAGAUCGCAUUCAGAUAAUCCAGAUAGCAUGUCUGGUCCAAUGACAGUAGAAAUACCACAGGGGGGUCCAAGGUUAGAGACUGGGAUUCAUCAUGCUGAUGUUUUCAGAUCCCAUAAUAUAGUUGGAGAUGAAACUGAUUUAACUUUAUCUGCUAUGCAUGUGAUGGGUGAUUGUCAAAAAAAUGAAGACAUCCCAAAUAUUGCAAAUCCAAACUGGAGAAACCCAGGACCCCUGCAGACUAGUCAAAAUAAAGGACUUGGGCCACACAUGAGAGCACCAGAAUGGAACAACUUGAGAUCAGAAAAAGGAGAUGAUUGGAAUGUUUCACAUUUGAGAGGGCCAGAUCAAGUCAGAGUAUGGCCAUUUACCCAAGAGAACUCUUGUGGAAACAAGUCUGAUAGCUGGGGCCCAACGAUGGAGAAGCAGGUGCCUCAUAGAGGAAGUGUUGCAAACUUUCAAUAUAUGCAACCAGAGAGUAAAAUAAGAAUUGAACACGACCCAAAGCAGCAUGGUAGCGGACCAGGGGGUUCCGAUUUUAUGGGACCAGGACCUGAGAGGGGGCCUCCUCAGGUGCAUUUCCCUAGGCAUGACAGGAAAGGAGUAAUGGUUCCAGAUUUAAUUGGAAAAGGGCCUGAAAGGAAAGUACAUGAGGGGGAGGCACAAAUGCAUGAUUGGAAAGGACCAGCACAUUCAGGAUUCAAGAGACAAGUAGCCGAAAGGAGAGGUCCUGCAACUGAGGCCCCAGUGCAUGAUAGGAGAGGACCAGGGGGUCCAGAUUUCAUAGGACAAGGAUCUGAAAGAAGAGGUCCAUCCAUCAACAAUGAAGGACCUGAAUUAAGAGUACCUUGUGGUCCAGACUUUGUAGAACCAAACUUUGACAGAAGGUAUUUAGCUAUGGGUGGUCCUGGGCCUGACAGAAGAGGACCUGUGGAUCCUCAUCGUGUAGGAUCAGGCCCCGAAAGAAAGGAUCCAACUGUGGAGAGGCACAGACUGAAAAUAAGAGAGUCAACAUGUCCAGAUUAUAGGGAAACCUGGUCGGAAAUGAGAGGGCCAGAUGUGGUUGGUCCAGGGCUUGAUAGGAGAGAUCCCACUAUAGAGGGUCCUGGGACUGACAGAAGAGGAGGUCCAGAUUCCAGAGAAGGGGGUGAAAGCAAAGGCUUUGGUAUAGAAGGUCCUGAGCAUUACAGGAAAGGAAAUUUAGAAUUUAUGGGAUCUAGACUUGAGAGGAGACGUCUAUCCAUGGAAAGUCCUGGGCCUCCUAAUAGAGGUUUUGCUAUGGCUAGUCCUAGGAUUGAAAGAAGAAAAUUAGAAGGUCCAGAUUUUAGUAGGCCUGUGCAUGAAAUGAGAUGUCCCACUGUGGACAGCCAUUAUCCUGAGAGGACAGGACCAUUAGGUGCAGAUGUCUGGUUACCAGGAUCGGAAAGAAGAGAACCGGAAUAUCAAAAUGCUGGAGGACAUGGUUGUGACAGAAGAGAACCAUAUGUGGAAGACACUCAGUGCAACUUCAUUGGGCAAGGGCCAGAACAAACUGGCCCAGCAAGAGAUAGACCAGGGCCUCGCGGCAGAAAGGGAGGGCAACAUAAAACACAAGGUGUAUAUCCAAAUAUUGAGGGUCCAGGAUACAACAGGGCAGAUCCAGACUUCAGGCGACCGGGUUCUGAUAUGUUAGAUCUAGCAGUCAACAGGAGGGGGCCAGAGGGUCCAAGAAUGGGGAGACCAGGGCCUCAACAGGGCCUAAACAUGGAAAGCCCAAGGCCAUUAAGAAGAGGUCCAGGGGCUUCAAACAUCAGGGAAUUUGGUUCAGAAAAAAUACCUUCAAAUAUGGAGUAUACCACCGAUGGCAGACACUUUCCAAGAGAUCCACAUUUCAGGGACCCUGAGUCAGAAAUAGCACCUCAAGAAUUGAAGGACCCACAAUUUGAUAGAAAAAGUACAUUUUUAAAAGGACAAGGGCCUGACAGAACUAUUACUGGGGGUCAGUGGGGUGUCAUAGGUCAAGGAAAUUAUAGAGGACCAAAUAUUGAAAGUAGAGAUCCUAACACAGAGGGCCCAGUUCCUUAUAGACCAAAACCAGAAGACUCAAAGUUCAGAAAACCUUGGAUUGAAAGGCAUCGCCUAGACAUGGAGGUUCCACAACCAGACUACGUAGAAUCACAACCAGACUACGUAGAAUCACAACCUGACUACGUAGAAUCAGAUGGCUCUGAUUUUAGAGGUCCAUGCAUCAGAGAGGAAGGGGCACCUGUAGAGGGUCUCAAACAUGAGAGAAGAAAUCACUGGGGAAAGACUGAACCUGUUCGAGAAAGCCAAGAUAUAGAUGUUCAGGAAUCUAAUAGAACUGUUAGAAACUUUAGAGCUCGAGGGCCAAUGAGAGGAAAUAUCAGAAAGCCAUGGUCAAUUGGCAGAGGCACUGCACCUGGUGGUAGUGGCACAGACUUUAGGGAGCAGUGGUCGGAUAGAAGAGAAGAUGGUCCGAUUGAGCACAGGCAUGAACCUUGCAGGCAAGGUGAGUGGAGAGACUCUGGAAGAAGUGGACAAGAAAGACAAAAUAUGCAAUGUCCAGGUGAUAUAAGGGAUCCUGGGGAUGACUGGAAUGAUCCUGAUUGUAUGCAUCCAGGGCCUUUUCAAGAUAAUUCAGAGAUGAUUGCUCCAGGGCCCAGUGGAAGAGAACAAGGAAUGGAAUGGAGGGAGCCUGAGGAAGAGGUUUCUGGGCUAUAUUUUCGAGGUGAAAGAAACGCAGAUACUAAAGGACAGAACUAUGAUAGAGGCCGAGGAAGAGGAAGAGGACGAGGACGAGGACCAAGUAUACAGCGAAACAUAGAUGGACCUCGAGGUCAUAGAAGGGGGCCAGAUUCACUUAAUACAUUCCCAGAUAGGAAAGCAUUUAAUACGGAAGGUCUUGAUCGAAGAGGCCCAGUAGGACCGGACUGGAGACAUCCAGGACCAGGCUUCAGAAAUUCACUUACUGAAGGUCCAGGGUCUGAUGCUGUAGAUAUGGAAGAUCCUGGACCAGGCGGGCAAGGAUUUGAGCCUGAUUUUAGACCAAACUGGAAAAGCUCAAAAAUGAGACGGCAGGGGCCUUGUAAAACUGAUAUGAGGGGGGCUGCACCAAAAGGUUCAGAUUUUAGACAUGGACCUGAUAGGUGGGAUGAAAACAGAGAGUUCCCUGAAUCUGAUAGAAGAGCUCCAGACAUGGGGAAUGGGGAAGAUGGACAGAGGGACCAUACAAACAGUAGUGAAAGAAGAGGUCCUUACCCGGUUUCUAGAUUCCAAGACUGUAGUGAAUCUAAUUCACCAUUCAAUACAUCUCGAGGUCCAGGUCCAAAGAGUGGAGAUAAAUCGUUCCCUGUUUUUGACAGCCCACGAAAUCAACAGAGACAUAGAGGUGCCUUACUUCCUACUCCAACAGCAGGUCCCCUACCUUUCCCAAAUCCCAUGAUCAAGAAUCAGUUAUGUCACCCGACAAACAUGGAGCCAAGAAGAGGGAAGGCACUGGACGGUCUGCACAGAGGCCAUGCAAGUGGGAAAAGACGAGGAGGCGCAAUUGGUCCAACAAGUAUAGUGGGGGGAAACAUUGGAGAGGAACGUGACUUUUGAAAUAAUAAACAUGCUCUUUAACUGGGCACAUGCUGAGAUUAACAUAGGAAGACAUGGAAAGAAUGUUAAAAGUUUCCUAAUAAAAGUUCAACGUACCUACAAACAAAAUCAUGCAAAAAAUUUGACAUGGUAGCUUAACAUAGAAAUGAUUGGAUUUAUGGGUAUUGUGUUCUGUUUUUGUUUAACACUAAAUAGAUAAGGAUUAUUCUUUCUUAAAUGUAAUGAUCCGCUGUAAAUAUGAAUUGGUGUACAUUUGUAGUUGGAAAAGCUUUGGAAAAAUUUGUACAGAAAAUGUACAGUUUUUUGUUGUUAUUGUUUGUUCUUUUGUUUUAAAAAUAGUCCUAGUUUCACCACAAUAGCCUUUAUGGGGCUUUCAUGUUCUGCUGAAAAAACUUGUCUCUGUUCUUAGAAUCCAAGAGCUCAAUAAAGUAACAU